AUGAAAGCAGCCAACCACACAGAGGUAAGGGAGUUUGUUUUCCAAGGUUUCUCCAAUUUUCAGGAACAUCAGCUCACACUCUUUGUGGUCUUUCUCACCCUGUACAUCCUAACUCUGGCUGGCAAUGUCAUCAUUGUGACUAUUAUUCGCCUUGACAAUCACCUGCACACCCCCAUGUACUUCUUUUUAAGUGUCCUCUCCACUUCAGAGACGUUCUACUCUCUGGUCAUUAUCCCACGCAUGCUUUCCAGCCUUGUAGGCUUGAGCCAAUCCAUCUCCCUGGAGGGAUGUGGAGCUCAGCUCUUUUUCUUCCUUGGCUUUGCCAUCACCAACUGCCUCCUGCUGGCAGUAAUGGGGUAUGAUCGCUACGUGGCCAUCUGCAACCCGCUGCGCUAUUCAAUCAUCAUGACUUGGAGGGUCUGUGCCAUGCUGGCAUCCUCCGUCUGUGCCACGGGGUUCUCACUUUCCCUGGUUCAGGCUGUGGCCAUUCUCAGACUGCCCUUUUGCAACUCACUGAUUGAGCAUUUCUUCUGUGAUGUUCGACCUCUGUUGGACCUGGCCUGUGCCACCCCACUCAUUAAUGAUAUUCUGACCUUAAUUAUCAGCCUCCUGGCCAUCACAGUCCCUGCCACCUUCCUCUUCAUCUCUUAUGUCCUCAUUAUUUCCACUAUUCUCAAGAUUGCCUCAGCUGAAGGCCGGAGGAAAACCUUUGCCACCUGUGCCUCCCACCUGACUGUGGUCAUUAUUCACUAUGGCUGUGCCUCCAUUGCCUACUUCAAGCCCAAGUCAGAGAACACCAAAGAUCAGGAUCAGUUAAUCUCGGUGACUUACACUGUCAUAACACCUUUAUUAAACCCUGUUGUGUACAGUUUAAGAAAUAAAGAAGUCCAGGAUGCUCUGUGGAGAGUAAUGGGUAGGAAAUCUCUUUCCUAA